AUGAAGGUUGAACUUGACUCCUUUUCCGGUGCUAAAAUCUACCCAGGUAGAGGUACUUUAUUCGUCAGAGGUGACUCUAAGAUUUUCAGAUUCCAAUCUUCCAAAUCUGCCUCUUUAUUCCAACAAAGAAAGAACCCAAGAAGAAUCUCUUGGACCGUUCUUUACAGAAGACAACACAAGAAGGGUUUAGCUGAAGAAACUUCUAAGAGAAGAACCAGAAAGACCGUUAAGAACCAAAGAGCUAUUGUCGGUGCUUCUUUAGAAUUAAUUAAGGAAAGAAGAUCCCAAAAGCCAGCUGAAAGAAAGAAGGCUAGAGAUGACAAGUUAGCUCUUGACAAGGAAACCAAGAAGGCUGCUAAGGCUGCUAGAAAGGCUGAAAAGGCUAAGUCUGCUGCUUCCGGUGCUCAAUCCAAGGUCUCUAAGCAACAAUCUAAGGGUGCCUUCCAAAAGGUUCACGCUACCUCCCGUUAA